CUAACAGACAGCGAAGUAUUCAUAACAUGGCUUUAGAGGCUAUCUCCGCGAAAUAAACAUGGCGGGUGUUUUGUUUGAGGAUAUUUUUGAUGUUAAAGAUAUUGAUCCAGAUGGCAAGAAAUUUGACAGAGUGUCUCGGCUGUUCUGUGAGAGUGAGUCUUUCAAGAUGGACCUGAUUCUGGAUGUGAACACUCAGGUCUACCCCAUGGAACUAGGUGACAAGUUUCGCCUGGUGAUCGCCACAACGCUCCGGGAGGACGGCUACCCAGAAGAUGGAGAGUACAACCCCACACAGCAGGGUCCAUCACGUACUGACCAGUUCGAGUACGUCAUGUUUGGCAAAGUCUACAGAAUCGAGGGGGAUGACGGUGGCAUGGACUCCUCCAGACUGGCAGCUUACAUCUCCUAUGGCGGACUGCUGAUGAGACUCAAGGGUGACCCCAACAAUCUACACGGGUUUGAAGUUGAUUCUCAUGUUUAUCUCAUGAUGAAGAAGCUGGCUUUCUGAGGUUGUCACGGCAACAGGUUGUCAUUUUUGUGUGUACUCAGCAUCUAUUGUAUUACUGAUGUAUGAGCGCACAGAUGUCAGACUCUGGUUGCCAGGGUCACAGUUGAACUCCAAGGAGGUCAACCCACACAAGGUCACUCAAGACAAGAAUCCUUUCAUAAGACUGAAGCGCCCAGCAUGCAAAGUAAAGUUUUUAGAUCCCCUUCUUCAAAUCUAGAUGUUUGGUAAGUCACUGGAAAGUACAUCUCCUGAGAAUUAUAGAAAUCUGACCUUUAUGUCAAAGCAUAUUUUCACUGAGAACUAUAAGUUUCAGUGACCCAUUGAAGUCCCGAUGUAUUAGUCAGUGUGGCAGACAGGAGACCUGUCGGUCUCUGUUGGUGAUGGGUUUUAUUGGGCCCUGUAGGUAGGUCAAGGCACUUCAUGAGACAUUAGUACGUCCAGUGGCAAACAAUGUUUCAUACUUUUUUUGAAUGGUCUCAUGGUUGUCAGUUGACAGUAACGAACCGAAAUUCUUGCAGGAAUAACAAAUUUCCGAUCAAACCACCCCACAUUAGCCAACUACUAUAACUGUCCACAGCUCGCUGUGACAGCCAAUCAUGCUUGUACACUUGGUCCGAUCAAUUAAAUUGCCCUGCACAAUUUGGGACCAGAACUUGUUCUUGAAUAUACGCUUGUUACCAGACAUCUGGUGCCGGAAGUUCAACUGAGAACCAGCUUAGUACUGCAAAAGACUUACAGGCCCUAUUUCACUCUGUAAAGAGUAUCAAAAAUUUUCUAGGGAAAGCAAAAUAUUUCACUCAAGCCAAACUUCCAGGUUCAGGCUGUGUGGUAACUGGGAGGCGUCCUAUGUCUGACCCUGUGUGGUGCUGUGCAAUAGAUGCUUUCACUGUACAUAGUCUCAUCACAAUAAACAUUUUAUCAUCAA